CAUAACAUUAUUGUUCCAUGUCCCUGUAGGGAGGAUCCUUGAAGAAAAACUUGAAACUUUCAGGGUGGUUUCAUGCGAGGUGUGUUUUAUGGGAGCUAGAAUAUUGUUGUUGAAAUGAUGUAAACAGUAGUUAAAAUGCUAGACGAGGACUUGCACCAUCAAUCAGUUCAGUGAGCCUUACUGAACUGUUUGUUCUUAAGACUUCAGCUUCAUUCCCCUUCCUGUAGUCAACUGGACUGUAUAAACCAUUUCAGCACUUGAUACGGUAUGAUUAAGCAGGGAACCAGACAACCCCACCAGGCUCCUUUCCUCCAGCACUCAACGUAAUUGUGUUCCAGGACAGGAUGGAGAAACUACUGCAGACUUCGCAACUUUUAAAGAAAAACAGCAUAACAAAAUGUAACAUUUUCAUUUGAACAUAAGCAUAUACUGUACCAUAUACUGUACUGUAUGUGCUGGAUACAAGACAUUCCUGAAGUUUGAUGAGAGUUAAAAUGCUUUUGCCUGUUUCUUGGAAUGAAGCCAAUUGUUUCGUCUCACUGUAUAAAUGGGCUUGUGUAUGCCGGUGCCUUGACUUUCUUCCUGUUCAUUUUAAAAUUGUUUGCGACUGUAAACUACAUCAGUGAGUACAAUGAGGACGACUGGAACCACAGAAGCAGCCUCUUUCCAGAGCUUUCAAAUCACAAGGCAGCCAAGCGUAGAACUGGAGUGGAUUUUAAGUCCUUGCUUAAGACUGACCACAAGCCUCCAUUUUGUCAGAAGGGACCAAUUUUGCUGAUACUUGUAACAUCUGCACCGUGGCAUAUAGAGCAAAGGAAUGCAAUACGAAACACAUGGGCGAAAAAGCUAGGCGAGGAGACAUCCUCUUGGCAGGUUUUAUUCCUCAUUGGCCAGCCAUCGGAGAUGGGCAUUUCUUCAGACGUCUUGCAAGAGCACAGAAUAUUUGGCGAUAUUCUAGUUGGGAAUUACGCAGACUCCUACAGAAAUUUAACCCUUAAAGUCAUGCAUGGAUUGCGAUGGGCUGUGGAGCACUGUGAGCCCCAGUACAUUUUAAAAACAGACGACGAUUGUUUUGUAAACACUGAGAGAUUGGCUCGUUUCUUGGCAGAUUACAAUGUGGUAAAAACCGGGCUCUAUGUGGGGUCAUUGUUUGCCCAAGGCAAAAGGCAUGUUAUCAGGGACCCUCUGAGUAAAUGGUAUGUAUCCAGGGAGGACUACUGGGAGGAUGAGUAUCCCCCAUACGCCAGUGGAAUUGGUUAUGUGCUCUCUUUAGACGCUGCCACUAGAAUCUUGAAAGCUGCUGAAGAUGUUCCUCCUGUGCCAAUGGAAGAUGCCUACGUGGGAAUAUUAGCCAAGGAGGCUGAGAUCACUGUGAGAUCCAGUGGCCGUUUCACAAAGCACAAUGUUAACUGGAGAGUGUGUAACUACAGGUACCUCAUGGUGAUUCACAACUUGGAUAUUGGCGAGCUUAAAAGUGCACAACAAAAUAUGAUUAAAGCCAGAACUGCCUGUUCUAAAACCUCAGAGAUCACCAGAUGGAAAUGAGACCUGGUACCCUCCCACUGUAGUUCAGCUUAAAAGACAUUUUGCAAUAGGAACCCAAAAUCUAACAAGUGUUGUGUAACAUGUUUGGGAAUGUUGAUGUUCACAUAGCAAAUUAUUAUUCAAGUCACACACACAUGAAAUGACUCACAUGACAGGCCACAAUCCACAGGGUUUGCUGUGGAUAUACCAGUCGCAUAUAAUUAUUGAGUCAAUUAAUCUCCUUUUGCUUUUAUUAACAUCUGAAGAAUUGGUCUUUUGUACAUUUGAUUGUCUAAUUCCACAAAGGUUAAUUUAAAUCCUCCUUGUCUAAAAACUGAAAAGAUGAAUUGUAGCUGUAAUUUUAUCAUUAUUGAAUUUUGGUACUGACAAUUUUGUGUAUGUUCUUAUAUAUGUUUUUAAAGAGGAGGGUCUAAUUGAUUAACAAGAUUCUUAGCAAUUUCCUUUUACCUGAUUUGGUAUAAAAAUCCCAUUAGUAAAUGUGAAAUAUCCUGUAAUGGUGUUGUUAGGUAGACAUGCAGGAGAACGCAUACUUAAUGUAGCACUGCAAGGUACAAAUAUACUGAUAAUUGUUUUUCCAGAAAAAAAAAGUAAUGUUUCAUUGUGUAUCUUGCAUGAUAAUUAAUAGGUCAGACUGUAAGGUUCCUAGAGCGUCCUUGUUAAUGUCCGUCCUUUUUAACUGAUCGGUUAAUUACAUUCCAUUUUCAAAGUAACUGUCUAACUGUAACUUUCUAUUUUGCCCAGCAGGUAAUGUGGGAUGAUUAAAAUAAAAAAUGUGGAAUAGCAGAGGACCUACAUGAGCUUCUACUAAAAGGAAAUGGGUUGAUUCCAUUAAACAUUUUGCACUUUAAUGUCCUCUUUAGUAAUAUAUCUGAUAAAAGAAGCCAGUUAAGAGCAUGUCUAAAGUCCUUCGCUGAGGCAGCCACUGCGAAGCUUUUGUUCUGGCACCACUGGUCAAGGUGCACGGUCAAGAAUGCUUUGCUAUUGUAAUUUUAUGGGAUUUUUUAAUAUCAGAAACUUCCCAGAUCUACUGUACAAACAUAUAAUAAUUAGGUUAUUAUAUACUAGAUACUACUGUACAACUAUUUAUAUAUAUAUAUAUAUAUAUAUAUAUAUAUAUAUAUAUAUAUAUAUAUGUUAUUUGUUGAAAAAUGUCCUUUUGAGAGAUAAUGGUUUUGUAAUACCCACUACCAGUAGAUUUAAACAGAUUUGCAGCCAUUUUGAAUGCUCUUUGAGAAUUAAUAUGCAUGCUUACGUUUAAAGGAAUCACCUGUCACAGACUUGGAUAUGCUCCAGGUGGCGUAUCUUUGCGAGUUGACAGUAUGCCUAUGCUUCAUUGAAAGUAGCUGAAAUGAAGCCUGAGCACUAAUUUCAUUCUGCAGAAAGUGAUAAAUCGCCUAUUACUCUUGUCUGUAGUUAUGGCUAGGAUAUUUUGGAUUUAUUCUUUUAAUGCGCCAGGUCAUGGAAAACAGAAUGUGGAUGUGUAAGGAAAUACAUGACAAAAUCAAAUGUGUGUGUGUGUGUGUGAAAAUCAAAUGGCAUUAUUCAUCAAAAUGCUCGUCUUAAAGUCUAGGUAAUUUGUUUAAAGAUGAAUGCGAUUUAAAGGCAUUUAGUUAAAUGACGUUCGCUGCCUUCUGCCUAUGACAUAUUAUAUACACAGAAGCAGUCCAUUAUAUACACUGUAGCAGUCCAUUUUCAACAGUAUGAUAAUUAUCAAUCAGUUCAAGAUAACAACCGGAAGCCUUUUAGUCAUGUCGUAAAAUAUCCUCUUUAAACUCAAUUACAGUACAGUAUACAAAACACCAUAAGCACCUAAUGCUUUUAAUUUGUAGCUUUUUUUUGUCCUGUUGCCUAAACAUGGUUAUGGCAGCCGGUCCACUAUCUGGUAUAAAUAGAACUUCCACUGUUUAUCCCCCCUGCACCUGGGUACAAUUUAAAAAGGCUCUUUAAUUUCCUCAGGCCACAGUAAGAGUAUACAUAAACAUCCAGAUUUCCACCCAACAGCUAUGUAGUGUACGGGUGCAUUUUGUUUUAUAUUUAUAUAGGAGCUGAAGUACAUGUACUGCAAGGACACAAAAAUAAAAUAAAUGACCAUUAAUGAACCACGAGCA